GCCCGCUCCACUUCCGGGAGGGAGGCGCCAUCGUCGUCGUCGUCGUCGUCGUCGUGAGGGCCCUGGUACCUCAGCGGCGCCAUGAACAAGAAGAAGAAGCCGUUCCUGGGCAUGCCCGCCCCGCUCGGAUACGUGCCGGGGCUGGGCCGAGGCGCCACCGGUUUCACGACACGAUCAGAUAUUGGCCCCGCUCGGGACGCCAAUGAUCCUGUUGAUGACCGCCAUGCACCCCCAGGCAAGAGGACUGUGGGAGAUCAGAUGAAGAAAAACCAGGCUGCAGAUGAUGAUGAUGAAGAUCUGAACGACACCAAUUACGAUGAGUUUAACGGCUAUGCUGGAAGUCUCUUCUCAAGUGGGCCCUAUGAAAAAGAUGAUGAGGAAGCAGAUGCUAUUUAUGCAGCUUUAGACAAAAGAAUGGAUGAAAGAAGGAAAGAAAGAAGAGAGCAGAGGGAGAAAGAAGAGAUUGAAAAAUACCGUAUGGAGCGUCCCAAAAUUCAGCAACAGUUCUCAGAUCUGAAAAGGAAGCUGGCAGAAGUCACGGAGGAAGAAUGGCUGAGUAUUCCUGAAGUUGGAGAUGCUAGAAACAAACGUCAGAGGAACCCCCGAUAUGAGAAACUGACUCCUGUACCUGACAGUUUCUUUGCUAAACAUUUACAGACAGGAGAAAAUCACACUUCGGUUGAUCCCCGACAAACGCAAUUUGGGGGCCUCAACACUCCCUAUCCCGGGGGACUGAAUACUCCUUAUCCAGGUGGAAUGACACCAGGGCUAAUGACGCCUGGGACAGGUGAGCUGGACAUGAGGAAGAUUGGCCAAGCCAGGAACACCUUGAUGGAUAUGAGAUUAAGCCAGGUGUCGGAUUCAGUAAGCGGGCAGACUGUCGUGGAUCCUAAGGGCUAUUUGACAGAUUUGAAUUCUAUGAUCCCCACUCAUGGAGGGGAUAUCAAUGACAUCAAAAAAGCCCGUUUACUCCUGAAGUCUGUGCGAGAAACUAAUCCUCAUCACCCUCCUGCCUGGAUCGCUUCAGCCCGCUUAGAAGAAGUCACUGGAAAAUUACAAGUAGCUCGAAACCUCAUUAUGAAGGGGACAGAGAUGUGUCCCAAGAGUGAAGAUGUCUGGUUAGAAGCUGCCCGAUUACAGCCCGGUGACACAGCGAAGGCCGUGGUGGCCCAAGCAGUCCGCCACCUCCCCCAGUCCGUCCGGAUCUACAUCCGAGCAGCCGAGCUAGAAACAGACAUUCGAGCGAAGAAGCGGGUUUUGAGGAAAGCCCUUGAGCAUGUUCCAAACUCAGUGCGCUUGUGGAAGGCAGCGGUGGAGUUAGAGGAGCCAGAAGAUGCUAGAAUAAUGCUGAGUCGAGCUGUGGAAUGCUGUCCAACUAGCGUGGAGCUAUGGCUCGCUCUAGCAAGACUGGAGACUUAUGAAAAUGCCCGUAAGGUCUUGAACAAAGCCCGUGAGAACAUCCCCACAGACCGGCACAUCUGGAUUACUGCUGCCAAGUUGGAGGAAGCCAAUGGAAAUACUCAGAUGGUGGAGAAAAUCAUUGACAGAGCUAUCACAUCCCUCAGGGCCAAUGGGGUAGAAAUCAACAGAGAGCAGUGGAUCCAGGAUGCCGAGGAAUGUGAUAAAGCUGGGAGUGUAGCCACUUGCCAGGCUGUCAUGCGAGCUGUGAUUGGUAUUGGAAUUGAGGAAGAAGAUCGAAAGCACACCUGGAUGGAAGAUGCAGACAGUUGUGUUGCCCACAAUGCCCUGGAGUGUGCUCGAGCCAUUUAUGCCUAUGCCCUGCAAGUCUUCCCCAGUAAGAAGAGCGUUUGGCUCCGUGCAGCCUAUUUUGAAAAAAACCACGGUACCAGGGAAUCAUUGGAAGCCCUGUUACAGAGAGCGGUGGCUCACUGUCCCAAAGCUGAAGUCCUUUGGCUCAUGGGGGCCAAGUCAAAGUGGCUAGCCGGUGAUGUGCCGGCUGCGAGAAGCAUUCUGGCCCUGGCUUUUCAGGCCAAUCCCAACAGUGAGGAGAUCUGGUUGGCUGCCGUGAAGCUGGAAUCUGAAAAUAACGAGUACGAGCGGGCCAGGAGAUUGUUGGCUAAGGCUAGAAGCAGUGCGCCUACAGCCCGGGUGUUCAUGAAGUCUGUGAAACUGGAGUGGGUGCUUGGGAACAUUGCUGCCGCUCAGGAACUCUGCGAAGAAGCCUUGAAGCACUAUGAAGACUUCCCCAAACUGUGGAUGAUGAAAGGACAGAUUGAGGAGCAGGAGGAGUUGAUUGAGAAGGCCCGGGAAGCCUAUAAUCAAGGGUUGAAGAAGUGUCCCCAUUCCACACCCCUGUGGCUUUUACUUUCCAGACUGGAGGAGAAGGUUGGACAGCUGACCAGAGCAAGAGCCAUCUUAGAGAAGUCUCGUUUGAAGAAUCCCAAGAACCCAGAUUUGUGGUUAGAGUCCGUGCGCUUGGAAUAUCGAGCUGGGCUGAAGAACAUCGCCAAUACAUUGAUGGCAAAGGCGCUGCAGGAGUGCCCCAACUCAGGGAUCUUGUGGUCAGAAGCCAUUUUCCUCGAGGCGAGACCACAGAGGAAGACCAAAAGUGUGGAUGCCCUGAAGAAAUGCGAGCACGAUCCCCACGUUCUCCUCGCUGUGGCUAAGUUGUUUUGGAGUGAGCGGAAAAUAACCAAGGCCCGAGAGUGGUUCCACCGAACAGUGAAGAUAGACUCUGAUUUAGGGGAUGCCUGGGCUUUCUUCUACAAAUUUGAGCUGCAGCACGGCACAGAGGAGCAGCAGGAAGAGGCGAAGAAGCGCUGUGAGAAUGCUGAGCCCCGCCACGGAGAGCUGUGGUGCGAUGUGUCCAAGGAUAUCGAGAACUGGCAGAAGAAGAUCGGCGAGAUCCUUGUGCUCGUGGCAGCCAAAAUUAAAAACGCCUUUUAGAGCCUUGUCUCUUCCUCCGAAAGCAACCCCGGGACAGUGGAUUACCCUCAACCAGCAGGAGAGUGCGGGAUCCUUAAAACACACACACCAUCUGGGGACAGGAUAGUCAUUUCAUCUGGUUUCCAAGAUUCGUUUUGAAAGAGAAGGCUCAGCUCCACCCUCAGAAGCUGUACUGACAGUGUCCCCAAGGAACUGGGUUUUGUUCAAGAAUUUCCCUUCUGGCAUCAGUAAUACAGUUCUGGUUGCGGAGCCUUUUUAAGAGGGAUAGAGAUAGCUAUUGUACGGAGCCGUCUCUUACCGAUCCUUUCAUUUUAAUUAUUUUUUUUAAUUCAACAUGUAGCCUCAUAACCUUCCAUUUCCUUUUGAUUUCCUUCUUUGUCUUGAGCUCCUUUCCAAUCCUUUCUACCUUCCUUCCGUUUUUUGGAAUUUGACCUUUCCCGGUGUUUUCCCAUAAGGGAGGUUGCCCCAAGAUGCCCCUUGGAGCUGACGUACACUUUAAUUCCAACUAGAUCGAGGUGAUCUUUGGAGCUAUUAAUCACCAGAAAUGUUCAGUGGGCCUAGGGAAAGCCCUUUGCCAUUUUGAAUUAUAAGUCCUGUUUGUGCAUCAUAUUUUCAUGGCUAAUUUGGGACCGGGCUUUGAACUGUGUACUUUAAGACUACAAGUACAUUCAACCAGGCAUUCUAGAUAGAGCCACUGACUUUAUUUUCUACCAAAGGUUUUAAUAGCAGGAAAACACAUCCUACAGGAGAAAAAAAAAACAGAAGUGAUUUCGUUAACAGCAAAAAGGAAGUUGGAGUCAGGCCUACCUUUGGUACAUAGCAUACAAGAUUUGCAGUCUGAAGAUCCACUGCUUUGCAAGUAGUAUUUAGGGAUCUCUAGGAGUCCAUUGAAAAUAGUGCAAUGUUGAAAUGCUUAUGUAGACAUUGCCUGAAGGUAUUGCAUGAUGAGACAUUCCGUAUGGAAUCUUUCUGGGCAAGGUCCAAUACUACUGAUAAUACCUUCAGCCCUUGAAGUUGAUCUCUAGAAGGGAUGAACGGAAGGGACGAAGACCAUUUCCAUUCAUACAGAGAGCAGCUCCUCUUGUUUUCUAGAAAAUGGUCAACCUGAGAUUUUGAGUUGUAGCUCCUCUCAAUCACUCGUUCCGCUUGCCAGAGUAAGAGAUUACCAUUCAAUCAGUGGUAUUAUUUGAAUGCUUACAUGUGUGCCGAGCACUAUACUAUGCGCUUGGGAGAGUACAAUAUAGCAGAGUUGGUACACGUUCCCUGCCCAUGACAAGCUUAAAGUCUAGAGAGCCGUAAGCCCAUUUUCCACAUUAUAUAGAUGACUUUUACGUAAAUAGGAUUGGCAGUAUCUCAUUCAAAAAGGAACCUAGUGAAUGUCCAUAUUUGGGGUAAGGAAUUGCUAAUAGGGAGAAUCAUAUCUCCUACUACUUUUGUUCAGUGAGAUGGAAAAUAAGUUCACCUAGGAAAUAGGAUUUAGAAAUUUGGGUCUGUCUGAUCUAAUUAUUUUGUAUCUACCCUCACACCUCAUUUAUUGCUAGGACUUAAUGAUAUUUCCUGUCCAACUCUGGUAAGCUGUACAGAUAUUGUGUAAAAUAUAAACCUGUUACGUAGUUACUUAUUGUUUGUUUUGCUCCUAUAUGAUCACCAGCUUCUCCACUGCCAUGUGUCCAACAUUGGAGGCUUCUGACUGUCAAAAGAGUUAAUGGAAGGUAGAUGGAGAUAUCUGACUGGUACUGUGAGAAUGUCUUUCCAAAGGUUCAGGUAAAAACUGAAUGUCAGCAUGAGGACAUUUUACAAAUGCAGUACAGAAAAAUACUGAUCCGUCAUUUUGUAUAUGCAUUUCUCCAUUUAGACUGGGAGAGUACCUAGGAUAGACAAAAGAUUAUAUAUCAUCCUGCUGAAAGCAUCGUAAUUGGAGAGACUUUACAAAGGUUGACAUAUAAGGUGCAGUUAGAUGAGCGUACAGUGAGUUUAGUCAUUCGCACCAAUGUCGGGAUCCUGUGGGGAGAACAACUAAAACAACGUUUCUCAUGAGAAAGGAAAAUUUUGUUUGGUGCCCCUCGUUACUCUUCUUGGUAUGCAAAGACAGUGCUGCCGGUGACUUUGUUUCCUGAACCGAAGUUUUCACCUUCAGCAGAACGUUCACGGGAGAUCACUUCUUCUGAGAGAGGAGACUGUCACUGAUUUUGCUCCCCCUCCCACCUCCUUCCCCCUGGGUGGGCAUGGAGUGAGUUGACUGGUCUGGGGCUAAAAUGGAGGGGCAGGAUGUUCGUGCUGCUCAUAUCAAAAUUCACUCUUCCUGAGUACAUAGGGGUUUUUUUUUUCCUCUCAGAGCUGUGUCCUAGGGAGUUCUGUGAGAAGUUGUGAUCAGUAUUUGAGUAUUUUAGAGCAGAACCCUUUAUGUGAUCAAAUGAGUCCUGAGUGACUUGGUAAAUUUGUGAGCUCCUGUUGCUAGCUAAAUGAGUGUAAUUGCCUUUCUACCAAUCAGCGGAUCAUUCACAGAUAUCAGAGUAUUCAAUCUUGGAAGUGUGCUGCUUAUACUGGUAACAGGAUGAUUUAAGGCAGCAUGACUAAUUUUUCAGGGAGUAUGCCGGUAUUAAUUUUCCAGGUGACGAGAAUAAGAUAGACUGGUGUUUUUAUUAAAGCCUAAGAAAUCUUUCUUUGGAGUCUCUGUGCUUGUGCAACACUUGAACUGUACAAUCAGUGAUUGUUGGAGGAUACAUUUUCAGAAACAAAUUCAUAGAGGGGGGAAAAACCUUUUAUUCUGGUUGACAAACAGCAGGACACUUUGUGCGAAAGUCAUUAAGACUUGUUCCCCAUCGCACCUGAUUAAUUUCAGAGCUGUUCUGUGUUCCCCUUCUUGUUUCAAAAUGAAUUUCCUUUUGCUAUUUGGUGCCCAGUUUCAUGAAAACAUUGAAAUGGCUAGUAUGUUGAUUUGAUUAAAGUCAGCCUUGAAUUAGAAAAGCUCUGCUGUUUCUAGUGGGUGCGAGAGGGAAAAGAAAAGGGGUGGCAGUUUUAUUUUUUUAAACUUUUUGUACAUCCCCAAAGAAUAAUUUUUAGCUGCAAAUUUUUCCUAAAGAUAGUACUCGGAUAAAUAAACAUGAAUGACAC